AUGUCCCUAGACGUCGGAAUGGACGGCGGCGACACUGUGGUGGUGCGUGGUUCAGGCGGUGAAGGGCGUCGUGAUUCGAAGGUACCAGAUAAGACACUAAUUGAAAAGCCUCAGUUGCUUCAUAGGAACCUUGCCGCCGGUAGACUUGUGGAUUUUUUGCUUGGUAGGGGUCAUCUGGAAGGUCCUGGUAGAUUGCGGAGAAGCUGA